UUUCUUUAAUUAAAACUUCUUUAAUUGAUUUGGUGAUCAAAAGUCUUAUUUUUUGGUGAUCAUUUCACUGCUAAUAAAUUUGGUGAUCAAAAGCCACUUUUUUGGUGAUCAAAACACAUUUAUUCCAAAAUCGAGUGACAUUAUUUAUGAACAAUUCUCAAAUGAUUUGAGAAAUCCAAUUAAAAAUUACAAUCGUUUUCAUCUAGAUGAUCUUAAUAAAUUAAUGCCAAAUUUAGAUUGGUCAUCUAUUUUAAAGCGUAUGAUGAUUAAUACCUCAACUAUAUUGAUAGGACAACCGGAUUAUUAUCAAUUAUUAGAUCGUCUAAUUGUUAAUCAACCACUAGAUUUAUGGAAGAAUAAAAUUCGAUUUUCAAUUGUUAAUAGUUUUGCUUGUUAUUUAAGCAAAGAAUUUAUCGAUGCACAAUUCAAUUUUUAUAAGCGAAUUAUUGAUGGACAAAAACAGCAACAAGAACGAUGGAAAAUCAUUGUGGCCUAUAUUGAUAAAAGUAUGGGUGACUUGUUGGGUCAGUUAUUUGUACAAAAAUAUUUUCCAUCAGCUGCUAAACAACGAUUAUUAGAAAUGAUCAAUAAUUUACAACAAGUUUAUUAUAAACGUAUUGAAAACCUAGAUUGGAUGAGUGCAAAGACGAGAAAAAAGGCAUUAGCCAAAUUAAUAGCAAUUACGAAGAAGAUUGGCUACCCUGAUAAAUGGAAAUCGUAUGAUAAUGUGACAACUGAUCCACAAAAUUAUUUCGAAAAUCUUCACGGUGUCUUCAAAUAUAAAUAUAACGAAAUGGUAAAUAAACUUAAUAGACCGGUUGAUCGAACAGAAUGGGAUGUAACACCAUCAACGGUAAAUGCAUAUUAUCAUCCGGCUUAUAAUCAAAUAGUGUUUCCCGCCGGUAUCUUUCAGUUUCCAUUUUUUCAUUUUAACGCAGAUGAUGCAAUAAAUUACGGUGGAAUCGGAACAGUAAUUGGACAUGAAAUGACGCAUGGAUUUGACGAUAUUGGAAGAAUGUAUGAUAAACAGGGUAACGUAAGACAAUGGUGGACAAAAGAAGAUGAAGACAAAUUUAGAUUGAAAAUACAAAUUGUUGUUGAUCAGUACACUUCAUAUACGGUUUUAGAUAACCAACAUGUAAAUGGUUAUUUGACAUUAGGUGAAAAUAUUGCUGAUAAUGGAGGUUUGAUAAUUGCGUACGAAGCAUUUAAAUUAACGAAACAAGGACAAGCAAACAAUGUGACAAUUGAUGAUUUUACACCAGAUCAAAGAUUUUUCUUGUCUUAUGCACAAAUAUGGAAAAGUAAAAUGACAGAUCGAUUACUAAGAUCAUUGUUAAAGAAAGAUACACAUGCACCAGAAAUGUUUCGUGUUAACGGACCACUAUCAAAUAUGCCUGCAUUUUAUCAAACAUUUAAUGUUACAUCCAAAGAUGAUAUGUACAGACCAGCAGAGGAACGAAUCGUUAUCUGGUGA